GUUCCAUGAGUCUACGUAUCGCGAGGCAGAUUGAUAUAGCCGUUAUAAAAUUUGAAAGAAACACGUGAUUCCAUCAGUUGGUGUUUGUUCUGGUUUCGUUCACCUUCACCAUUGUGUUCAGAGAUGAAAUUGGGAUUGAAUCUAAUCGCUGCAGCCUGCGAGAAGGGAGGAAUUGGAGUGGAUGGACGUCUCCCCUGGAAAUUGAAGAGUGAGAUGAAGUUCUUCUCCGACAUGACCACGAAUACCCAGGAUAACACCAAGCAGAAUGUCGUGCUGAUGGGCAGAAGAACUUGGGAAUGUAUCCCACAAAAACAUCGACCACUUCAAAACAGAAUCAAUAUGGUCUUGAGCAGUCAAGACUUGGACCUUGGUGAUGCGGCAAUUGUAUGCAAAAGCAUUCCUGCAGCAAUUGAGAUGAUUUCUAGUGGUUCUUUGAAGGGCAAGGUCGAGAAGAUUUGGGUCAUUGGAGGAAGCUCUGUUUACAAAACAGCGAUGGAAUCACCGAACUUUCACCGCCUUUAUCUGACAGAAAUAAGGAAAUACUUCGAGUGCGAUACGUUUUUCCCAGACAUUCCGAACGACUUUAUCACAGUUACAGAUCCGGAUGUUCCUCAAGGUAUUCAACGAGAAAAUGGAAUUGAAUUCGAGUACAAAGUAUACCAGAGAGAUAACAACGAUCUGUAAAGAGAUCUGUCAAACUAUCAGCGACGAAUAAACUGUGCAUUUAUUUUUCA